CAGAAUCUGUGGGCCAUGAGCCAGAGCGGCACGAGAGCGCUACCAAACGGGGCCGGCCACGUCACGUGGAAUGCGUCAUCGGUCCGACACUCCUGCUGCUUUAGACUUGCGGCCGUCUCUGUCAUCGGCCACGCACGGCGGCGGAGCAUAGGCGUAGCAGCAAAGCAAGCAGCGGAGAGACGCCGGAGAGGAGAGCGGCGAAGAAACAUGGACAAGGAGCAGCUCGGCACGCUGCUCCGCGACCUCGACGCGCUCCAGCAGCGUCCCGACGACCUCGCCUCCACCAUCCAUCGGAUGCGGGAGCGGUUACUGGCGAUGAUGAAUCCGGCCGCCGGCGCCGCUUCUCGAUCCAAGAUCAAGGACAUGAGCGCAGAAGUGGUGGACAACAACCCCUACAGCAGACUUAUGGCGUUGCAACGGAUGGGCGUGGUGGAGAAUUAUGAGCGCAUCAGGGACUACUCUGUCGCCAUCGUUGGCAUAGGUGGUGUUGGUAGUGUUGCUGCUGAGAUGCUCACUAGAUGUGGAAUCGGACGCCUGUUGCUGUAUGACUAUGACACAGUCGAGUUGGCCAACAUGAAUAGGUUGUUCUUUCGUCCAGAACAGGUUGGAAUGACCAAAACAGAUGCUGCUGUACAGACACUUUCUGGAAUAAAUCCUGAUGUUGUGUUGGAGAGCUACUCAUUGAAUAUUACUACAGUCAAAGGUUUCGAUACAUUUUUAGCAAGUUUAAAAGCACAGAGCUCUCAUGGGCGUAGCACUGGAGUUGAUCUUGUCUUGAGUUGUGUCGAUAACUAUGAAGCUCGUAUGGUUGUAAACCAGGCAUGCAAUGAGCUUGGUCAGACGUGGAUGGAGUCUGGUGUCUCAGAAGAUGCUGUUUCUGGUCAUAUACAACUGCUGGUUCCUGGUGAAACUGCAUGUUUUGCAUGUGCUCCUCCAUUGGUUGUAGCAUCUGGAGUGGAUGAGCGUACACUUAAGAGAGAAGGUGUUUGUGCUGCCUCUUUGCCAACUACAAUGGGUGUUGUUGCUGGUCUCCUGGUCCAGAAUGCUCUGAAAUAUUUGUUGAACUUUGGACAAGUUUCCCCUUACUUGGGAUAUAACUCACUUAAGGAUUAUUUCCCUGCAAUGGAAAUGAGGCCAAAUCCACAAUGCUCGAAUCCAGCAUGUGUUACGAGACAGAAAGAAUAUAUGGAAUCCAAACCUGCUAGAGAUGCAGCAGCAAAGGCUAAGAUGGAAGCUGAAGCAUCUGCAGCAAAUGAAUGUCCUGUCCAUGUAGACAAUGAGUGGAAUAUUAGUGUUGUUGAUGAUGAAGAAACGGGGACAUCGAACAUUCGAAACACUCCAGAUAUCCUACCAGAAGGUCUUGUCCGUGAGCUUCCAGAUGCUGAUUCAUAUGCAGAACCAGCUGCAGCAGGUAGUUCCAGUGCUAUUGAUGAUGAUCUCGAGGAGCUCCAGCGCCAACUUGAUGCCCUAAACGCAUCUUAGCCUUGAUAAGUAAGCUAGUUCAUCUGCGUCUCGGUUUCUCCCCAAUCCCAACUUGGAUGGGGAUAGAUGAUUCACAUACCGUUGUUUUUGUCUGUUCUAACGGAGUUGGUAAAUUCACCGGAUAUAGCCUUUAUUCAUAGCACCAUGGUAAUCGAAAAAACAGAAAAAGGAUAGCUAUACUGCUUCGGGAGUUCUGGCUUACAAUUUUGGUUGAGAACAUGUACAUUUCUGAGCCAGGCAACUCGUUGGUACUAAUGUCUGAAUUUUUGUCGAUUGCUAAGAAAUCAGAGGUCUCAUAGCUUGUUGGUAUUCAAAGGUUUGUCUGGAACCGUCAUUUGCUUAUUAUUCAGAGGUUCAACUACUGCUUCCUGUUAACUCUGAUGACAGUUUUUAUUUGAUUGCGAAGUGUUGAAGUUUAA